AUGAGUGAUCUGCAGAAAUCUUUUGCACGAGCACGCUUGUCUCAUCUCCCUCCGGAGCCCCCGGCCGUUGCAGAGGAGCAAGAUGAAGAAGACGAUGAUUUGACGGCUUUGAGACCAGGGUCUCCGAAUGAUUCUUCUUCCUCGGCCUCUUCAACAUCGUCUACAGGCACUAUCGUCCCGUCGCCCAGCCGGAACCUAUUCGAGAAGCCCAGAAGUUCCGCCCUGAAAUCCCGUACCGCACCUCUUCCAUGGGAUGAUUUCUUUGCCCAAGACCUCGCUUUCGACCAGAAAACACCAUCCGAGACAAUCCACCACCACGUCUAUCUAACCCCUCCCACCGCUUCAGGUCCCCUCAUCGUCACGCAUCAUGGGGCGGGCUCGUCAGGCUUGUCAUUUGCUGUCUUCACCAUAGAGUUGCUAAAGAUCCUUCCCAGUGCUGGUGUUCUCUCACUAGAUGCACGAGGACAUGGGCAGACGACCACAACGACUUCAUCUGGUGGCUCACCACCAUCUCAAGACCUCAGCCUGACCACCUUAGCGGAGGAUGUGGCCUUCGUCGUCAAUGCUGUCAAAGCAUAUAUGAAGUGGUCAACCUUGCCAGAUAUCGUGUUGAUCGGACACAGUCUAGGAGGUGCUGUUGUGACCGAAGUGGCCUACGAGAGACUUCUCGGCAACGCAUUAUUAGCAUACGGCGUGCUCGACGUAGUCGAGGGUUCAGCUAUGGACGCUCUCAAGAGCAUGGAUACCUACCUCUCCACGAGACCCAAAUCCUUUCCUUCUCUCGCUUCGGGCAUUGAGUGGCACACGAAAUCUAGGACGAUCCGAAACACCACUUCGGCGCGAGUGUCUGUUCCAUCACUGCUACAUGAAUCCAAAACAACCAAAGACACAUGGUUCUGGCGCACCGAUUUGGCUGCUACCAAACCAUUCUGGGAAGACUGGUUUGUCGGCUUGUCUAAGAAGUUUCUGGAGUCUCGGGGCGGCAAAUUGCUCCUCCUGGCAGGGACGGACCGUCUUGAUAAGGAGCUUAUGAUUGGGCAGAUGCAAGGGAAAUACCAACUUCAAGUCUUUCCGGAGGCUGGUCAUUUCAUACAAGAAGAUCAGCCGGCCAAAACCGCUCAGAUCGUGGCGGACUUUUACAAGAGGAAUGAUCGCACCGGACUCGUCUUGCCCCCGAAAGUAGACGACCUGAUCAAGCAGGGCAAGUUGAAACCAGCUGGCAUCAAAUGA